GGGCCAUGCACCGCCAUGGACUUGGGCUCCCUUGAAGGCGGAUACCUGGAACUGCUCAACAGCAGCGCUGACCCCUUGCAACUCUACCACCUCUGUGAUCAUCUGGACCUGGCUGGAGACGACAUUGAGACCUGUUCGGAACCCGACAAGGACACCAUCAGCUAUGAACAGUUCAACAGGCUCUUUUGUGCCAUUGAAGAUGACGAGGAGACCAGGGAGGCGUAUAACAGCAUCGCGGACCUGGACUAUUACAUCUUCCAGGAUUCCCAGCUGGAUGGCCUGAGCAAAGAUAUGUUCAUCAAGCACAUAGGCCUGGAAGAGCUCCCGGGAGAGACUGUGGGGGCACCAGAGGAAGCUGGUCAGAGGAGUCCCAAGAGACCCUGCCCCGAGGAGCCCCUGCCUGCAGAUGCCAAGCACAGAAGGCUGGUGUCUCCUCUCUCCACUUCCUCUGGGACCUGCCUCAGUCUACCUGCUGGACCCCUUCAGAUCAUCCCCACUUUGCCCCAGGCACUCUGGCAAAUCUCAAGUGACAACACAGGGCUCCCCAGCUUACUUAUCUACUCAAGUGAAACACUCCAGAUGAGCAAUAAACUCCCUGUCUGCAGCCCUGCUGUCCAGAGCCUCCCAGAGGCCCCAGGCCAGCCAGGUCCCACCAGCCCCUUUGCUCCGUCUGCAGCAGAUCUCCCAAGCAUGCCUGAGCCAGCACUGACCUCCCGGGAGAACGCCGCAGAGGAUAUGGUACCCCACAUCUCCAACCCAGAAGCUCCUGAGGGUGCCACCAAGCUCCCCAAAUGGCCUGAGAUUGUGGAACAGUUCCAGCAAUCGCUGCGGGACAAGUACCAGGCAGAGCCCCUGGGCUCAGAAGGCUUCCUGGUGGAGGUGGACCUGGUACGAGCACAGCUGGAGAGAAGCAGCAGUAAGAGCCAGGAGAGGGAGCCCGUGAUCCUGGAUUGGAUGAAGCGGCAACCUGCCCAUGGGGGGCUGGCCCAGGCGCUGUUGGCCGCUGAGGACCGGCGGCGACCCCAAGACACACGUGUGCUGGUGGUGCUGGGGAAAGCUGGGCAGGGCAAAAGCCUGUGUGUGCGGGCCGUGACCCGCGCCUGGGCCUGUGGCCAGCUGCCCCACUACGACUUUGUUUUCCUCCUCCCUGGCCACGGCCUGGAGCGGCUGGGGGAAGCCUGUUCCCUGCGGGACCUGCUGGGCCUUGCAGCUGCCUGCCCUCUGGACAGUGAGGUUUUUGGCCACAUCAUGAGGCAACCUCACCGUGUCCUGUUUCUCCUGGACACACUCGAAGGCCUUGAAGCCCAGGACAGCCUCCCGCAUGGCGCAGCUGGGCACGACUGGGCAGAACCCCGCUGCCCCCGGGUGCUGCUGGCUGGUCUCCUGCAGCACAAGCUACUUCGUGGCUGCACCGUGGUGCUGACCGCCCGGCCUCGAGGCCGCCUGGGUCUGAGCCUGGCCAAGGCAGAUGCCCUCUUCGAGGUGACUGGCUUCUCCGACGAGCAGGCCCAGACCUACGUGAGACGCUACUGGGAGCAAGCAGGCAAGCCUGAGCUCCAGGACAGGGCGCUGGGCCUCCUCUGCAGCCACCCCUUUCUGCUGGGCCAGUGCCAUAGCCCUGCUGUUUGCCAGUCUGUGUGCCACCUGUUAGAGUCUCUCCUGGGGCAGACGGAGGAAGCCAAGCUUCCGGCUACGCUCACUGAACUCUAUGUGAGCCUGCUGGGCCCUGUCAUUUGCAAUGGCCCGUUGGGGACCCUGGACGAAGUGGCCAAGCUGGCCUGGGAGUGUGGCCGCCAGCACCGGAGCAGCCUGGCGGGCCAGGUUGCAUCGGCCAACGUGAGGGCCUGGGCCGUGGCCAGCGGCUUGUUGCAGCCCAUCCCAGGCUCUGGAGAGGAUGGACUCGCUUUCCCCAGCUUCCUCCUACAGUGCUUCCUGGCCGCCCUGUGGCUGUCUCGGACCAAUGAGGUCAAGGAUAAACUGCUAUCACAAUACUUGGCCUUGACGCCCAGAAAGAAGAGGCCCUAUGACAACUGGCUGGAGGGGGUCCCCCGCUUCCUGGCCGGGCUGCUCUUCCAGCCUGCAACCCCAGGCCUGCGUGCAUUGGCCACCCCUGCCAGGAGCAGGAAGCAGAAGGUGCUUAGUCGCUACCUGAAGCGGCUGCAGCCGGGCCUCCUGCCCUCUGGGCGGCUGCUGGAGCUUUUGCACUGUGCCCAUGAGGCGCAGGACCCGGGCAUCUGGCAACACGCGCUGCAUGGGCUCCCGAACCGCCUCUGCUUCCUCAGCACCCGCCUGGCACCCCCCGACGUACAUGUGCUGUGCCAGGCCCUGCAGGAGGCCGGCCCUGACUUUGCCCUGGAUGUGCGAAGUACGGGCAUCAACCCUGCAGGACUCGGGCACCUCGUGGGACUCAGUUGUGUCUCCUCUUUCAGGGCUGCCUUGAGUGACACGGUCAGUCUGUGCCGGUCGCUGCACAGACAGGGUCACACGGAGCUGCUCCAAGCAGUCGAAGACAAAUUCACGAUCGAGCCUCUCAAGGUUGAGUCGCUGAAGGAUGUGGAGGACCUCAGUGACCUUGUGAAAUUGCAGAGGACUCCAGGUGCCUCCGGAGAUGCCUGCCAGACUCUGCCAGCAGUUCAAGGCCUGAGGAAGCUGGAGUUUGCGCUGGGCCCAACCCAAGGCCCCCAGGCCUUCCCCAGACUGGUCCAGAUCUUGGAGGCCUUCUCUUCCCUUCGUCACCUGGAUCUGGACUCGCUGAGUGAGAACAAGAUUGGGGACGAUGGGGUGGUGCUGCUUUUGGCCACCUUCCCCCAACUACAGGCACUGGAGACCCUCAACCUGUCCCAGAAUAGCAUCACAGAUGUGGGCGCCUGCAAGCUGGCCGAGGCCCUGCCCACCCUAGCCGCCUCUCUUCUCAGGCUAAGCUUGUAUAAUAACUGUAUCUGUGACAAGGGAGCUGAGAGCCUGGCUCAUGUGCUGCCCGAGAUGGGGAACCUUCGGGAACUGGAUGUCCAGUACAACAAGUUCACGGCCUCCGGGGCGCAGCAGCUGGCUGCCAGCCUGAAGAAGAGCCCUCACAUCAAGAGGAUGGCGUUGUGGACACCUACCAUCCCAUUUGGCGUCCAGGAACACUUGCAGCAGCUGGACUCCAGGAUUAGCCUGAGGUGA